CUCUCUUGGUUGUAAUUAUUAUGGUCUCAGGCAGUUCAAAACAGCCAUCGAUUACCAUCAACGUUAUCUAGAAAUUGCCAAAGAAGUGGGAGACAAGGCUUCGGAGGGAAAUAGUUAUGGCCUUCUCGGUAAUGCUUAUGGUAGUCUAGGACAGUUGAAAACAGCCAUCAAGUACCAUCAAUGUCAUCUAGAAAUUGCCAAGGAAGCGGGAGACAAGACAGACUUGGCUAUUUCGUUGGGUUCCCUUGGUGUUAGUUUUGAAACGGAAGGAAUGUAUCUUAAGGCUCUUGACUGCUAUAAUUCCAGUGUGGCGAUGUUCAAUGACACUAGAGAUAGUCUGACAUCGAAAGAUGAAUGGAAGAUUAGCUACCGUAGUCAACAUCAACACGCAUACACAGGUUUGUGGCGUUCUUUGUUAAGACGAGGGAAAAUUACGGAGGCUCUCCUUGCUGCUGAAGAAGCACGCUCGCAAGCCUUGAAAGAUCUGAUGGAUUUCAAAUAUGGCUCCAACGCAGAAAGCUAUUGGUCACCUUUCCAAAUUCGGUCUGCUUAUGAUUCUUUGAGCGACGUUGCAUCAAGCACAAUUUUCAUGGCAGUUUCCGGCCCAGUAAUUUUUCUAUGGGUCGUUCAGGGCUGCAAAGUUCAUUUAAGAGCAACGGAAUUCAAGGAAUUCUCUUCAGAAGAGGAACUAACCACCUUACUGAAUAGGCUUUAUAUAAAUGCUCUGAAAGAAAUUGGUACACGAACCGUGAAGUGUGAGAAUCGAUCACUUGAUGAUGACCGCUCUGAUGAGGCAGUAGUGGAAGACAGGACCCCGCAUGAUGUCUUUCAUCCAUUGUUCCGAGAAGGAAAUACUUUAAAGAGGUUGUACGAUAUGAUAGUUGCCCCCAUUCUUGACCUAAUUGACAGCAAGGAACUGUUAUUUGUUCCGGAGGGUCCUUUAUGCCUGGUACCUUUUCCAGCAUUCGUGGACUCCAAGUCAAAGUAUCUGAGUGAGGCCCAUUUCGUUCGAGUUAUUCCUUCCCUGACCACUUUGAAAAUGAUAACCGAUUGUCCGGUAGACUUCCAUAACUCAAGCGGUGCGCUGCUCGUUGGUGAUCCAUGUUUAGAAGGAGUCCUUUAUGAGGGAAAGUCGCUAGCUAAGCUGAAAUUCGCAAGGAAAGAAGUGGAGAUGAUUGGAGAAAUUCUAGGCAUCGAGCCCCUCGUUGGAGUAGCAGCAAAAAAAAGAGAAGUACUGGGUCGACUGUCCUCAGUGGCCCUAGUGCACAUUGCAGCACAUGGAAAAAUGGAAACGGGCGAAAUUCUCAUGUCACCAAACACUACCAUGGAAAACGGCCCACCUGAAGAGAAAGAAUAUUUAUUGACGAUGACAGAUGUCUUGAAAGCUGAUCUACGAGCAAGACUGGUUGUGCUUAGCUGCUGCCACAGUGCUCGAGGGGAGGUUACAGCCGAGGGGGUGGUUGGCAUUGCGCGAGCGUUUCUGGGUGCUGGUGCUCGCUCUGUUCUGGUUUCCCUAUGGGCACUUGGUGAUGAGGCAACUCUAGAGUUCAUGAAAUACUUUUACGGAGAACUGUCGAAAUUGAAGAGUGCCAGUGAAGCCCUCAAUAGAGCCAUGAAAUGUAUGAGGCAGUCUGAGAAGUUCAACGAAGUGAAGAAUUGGGCACCAUUCGUACUCAUUGGUGAUGACGUCAUCCUUGAUUUGAAAAAAUCAUAGAGGUCGUCAAAUGAUGUGUUCGUCGAAGAUGUAUAAAGCCAUGACGACACCAUGGGUGGUUGGCUUUUGACGACGACUGUCUUCACCCCAAGCGUAAAAGAGGACUUUUCAUUUUAUGUUAAAUAUUUUUCGUUAUUCAUAUCUAAGUGAAUAAGCGCUAAAGUCUAUGAAAAGAAGAAUUAACACAGAGUCAAAGAAGGAAUGAACUGUUCAUAUACUAUAAAUAAAAACUUGGUAAAUCGCUUGGAAGUGCCUUUUUAAAACUGUGUAAGCAGAAGUAUAUCUAAUGUUCUUGAUGUUAGGAUAGACAACUUUUUUUUCUAGAUAGAGAGCAGAGUAUUUUAAAAGUGAAAGCUUUAGAAAGGCAUCAAGAAAUAUAACCAAUUGAGAUCGGUCUAUUUCCUUGUUUUUGCUUUUGUGCUGACUUUCAGUGGCAUUUACAGGACUUAGUUAUUAACCGUCCUUUGCACAGAAACAACAACGUGAAAUCACCAAAAUUUGCAAUUUAUUUAAGUUUCCAUUUGGAACUCAAAGCUGCUCACUCGCGUCAUGCUGAUGUAGAGCAGGGUGUGGCCCCG